CGUCUCUCAAGCAAGGCAUCGUCAUGCCCUACGUCCCGCCAAAGGAGCUCUACUCGCACCGCGACCCGCUCCUCCGCCGCCUCCGUCUCCGCGACUCGUACGCCAAGCCCGUCGACCUCAACCGCGAGUUCAAGGACGCAAAGGUCGUCCUCUUCUUCUUCGGCGCAACUUGGAGGAACAGCUCGCGCGAGCCGUUCGACCUCGUCGGGUCGUUUGCGCGGCGGCACCCUCACCAGCUCAAGGUCGUCUACGUCUCGGUCGACCAGACCGAGCAGGCGUACGAGGCCAACACGCGCAACAAGCCCUGGCUCGCCAUGGAGUGGAACGACGGCUCGACCAUGUCGACGCCCGAUGAAGCGCCCGACUCGCCCGCGUCUCCCGAAGCGUCGACCCCGCUCGAGCCGUACCUGCUCGCCGGCGACCCGGACCUCGAAGAGGUCGUGCACGAGACGGACCCCGAGGGCUCGCUGUACCUGCGCCCGUUCUCGCGCGUGUACCUCGCCGACAAGUGGACCGUGCUCGGCGUGCCCAACGUCGUCGUGUACCACGUCGAGAGCCAGAAGGUCCUCACGUACCACGCCCGGUUCGACCUCCUCAAGGAGGGCAAGGCCGACUCGACGUGGGACAAGUGGAGCAAGGGCGAGAAGGUCGAGUUUGGCGUCACCGACUUCCUCCACGCCCUGCGGUGGUCGAUCGGCCUCGCCGUCGUCGCGUCUGGGUACGCCGUCGCCGUCCGGACAGGCUACAUCGACGACGUCAUCGGCCACGCGAGCUCAAAGCUCACGCAAAACUUCCUCGCCAACCGGUAGCGCCUCACCUCGCUCGCACCCCCUCCUUCUCUCUCUCUCUCUCUCUCCCUCCUCGUCGCCGUGUUGUGCCAUAGACGUGCCCCUAUCUCCCUCUUUACUCAGUAGUCGGCUAGAGCUCCUCGAGCGACCCUGCAACGCUUCGUCGUUCUCCCUCUC